AAAAUUAGUAGCGGGAAAGUGAGUAUCGAAAAGAAAGAAUGGGAGGGAGAAAUUAAAAUGUUUUAAACUGUAAUCAUUUUCUGUUCUUUUUUUCUUCUCCAUCUCUCUCUCUCCCUCUUUUUUUUUACUGUUGAUUUACAAAAUCUUCUUCCGUUGCUAAUUUCUUUGUCUAGGGUUUUUGUUCGUUAGUUUUUUUUAUUCUUUUUAGACUCAAAUUCUUUGAAAUUAUGAGGAGAAAUGUGAAGAAAGAAAAACAAACAGAUAAGGGUGAUGCAUCUGCUGAACCAGUUCGAACCAAGGUGGCGGGAGAGGCCCGAGAUGAGUCGGCGGAUGUUGAGUCGAAUCAUCCGAAUCGAGAAGAGGAUGCGGCAGAUAGGAGGGUUCUUCGCUCCAAAUACCUUGCCGUGAUGACCAAGAUAAGCGGUUAUUAUUAUUUUUCUUCUUCUUCUUUUCCUGAAAGGAUAUUAAUCUCAUUUCACUAGUUUUUUUUUGUUUUAAUUUUCUUUCCAGAUUUGAGCUAAAUUAUUGCUUUUUCUAACUUGAAUUUUUAGAACCUGCAAAGGAAUUUGCACUAUGUUAGUUCUUUUAUAGAUACUGUUUUGAGUUUUCUUUUUCGUCUUUAAUGGAUUGGGUGUUAAGGAUUGUUGGAUUCUUGCUGAAUUGUUUUGCUUUGUGCUGAAGAGCCUCAAUAAAAUCAUUGUGCUUUGUUAAUCUUGACUUUUGUUAAUCUAAAAUUUUAUUUUUAUUUAUGAAAUAAAACUGGUAUUUGUUCUUUGUGUAACUAGGUGAAUUAUAUUAUAGAACUCUUAACUAUUUUUAAGUCUAACAACUGAAUAAUGAAACAGAACUGUAUUUAAUUUGUUGUGGCUUACAGAGAGUUUGGUUUGAUUUGUUUUCUUCAUUUAACUACAAUAAAUUGAUUCAGUAUAAACUUCCGUUAAAAUCUUGCUGAAUUUAACUGAUUACACUAAUUUUUAAGUGAACGCAUGACCAGGAAGAAGGUGUAUAAGUUGGCACUGAGUUAUUUGGUAAUAGCCAUAUCUCAUGGAGUUGGUGUGUUGUUGAGUCAUUCACACACUAUCUUUUGGGAAUAUUCAAACUUCCCUUUCUUGUUUGGUUUCUAUUAAUUGCGGGUUAGAGAUGUUGUGGAAGUAAAUAAAACGUGUAUCCUGAUGUGCAGUGUUUAGUGUUGUGUGGUUGAAUGUAUACUGUUUGGUACCAUAAGCUUAGCACUCAUAAUUUGCAUUGUGUCUGUCUACUCUUUUAACAACCAUUGUUGACAAAGAGUUCUUGUUGUGCACAGACAAUAUGUUUGCUUUUCUGGUUAAUUUGAUUUAUAAUCCAUUGCUGCUCAAGCUUUAUUCUUUAAGUUCUUUUGCCUCUUUUCAGAAUCUCCCCUGUUAAAGCAGGAAGCAUUGAAGUUUGGUUUAUCUUUUUACAUGCAUGAAGUGGUUUAUAUUUAUACACGCAUGAAAUCAUAAAAUUGGCGAGGAUGAGUGCAUCCUUUUGUUUGUUACACUUUUUAGUUUUCUUCCAAACAAGAGUUUCAUAUUCACCAUAAUUUUAUUGCGACUGCAUCUGUGAAACAAUGCAAUUCAUAAAGUUUUCUGAUUAUUUUCUUUAAUACAAAGAUACUUAACAAAUUUUAUGCUUACCUUGAUUGAAGCUUCUUGUACGGAUAUGAACAAGUCUUUAGCUGAUGGGAUGUUGGAUGUACCUUGCUUAGAAGAAAAAAAAGAAAAAAAAAGGAGAAAUCAUAGGGAAAAGAAUCAAAACAUAAAAUAUGAUGAGAAUAGAUAGGCAUAGGCCCUUCCAUAUAAACCUUUAUUGGGCUAUUGCUGGUAAUUAUAAUUCGACAACUCAACGAUGAUGUUCCUUACAUAUUGUAAUUCUUUUGUGAAUACUCACUAUCUGUCAGCUCUAGUGCAUUUGCCUUAAUUCCUUUCAUUGUUGAUAUGUUGCUAAUGCAUCUUUUGUAACAAAGUGCAAUAUGCAUUCCUCUGGACUGACCAUUCAUAAGUUGUUGAACUUAACUGCAUGGUAAGGCCUUGGUAUUUGUUUGAUUUUCAGGAUGUCCAUGAGACCGCUGCCGGAGCUCUUUGGAAUUUGGCUUUUUAUCGUGAUAAUGCUCUUCGUAUAAUACGGGAUGAUGGGAGAAUAGACUCAGUGGUGCCAGUGGGGCCUUCGCCUUCAUCACAGGGCAGUUCAAAGAGUCUGAACAUAGAUGGGGUUGGAAGGAUGGCCUUGAAACAUGUCGAAGAGUGUGUGAGCUCAUUUUAUGAACCACAAACCUUUAAUGCUGCUGCUGCAACAUUAGUCCCCACAGCUUUGGCACAGAUAGUAGAAGCCAUAAGAAUACCUGAAGCAGGGCAUCUAAGAUGCAGGUUUGGUUUUUCGACAUUAGUAUUUUAUACUAUAAAGAUGAAACUGAUGAUUUCGUAUCUAUUUUUGGUAGUAAGAUUUAAGAAGUAACAGCUAGUGUUUGUACUAAUUGCAUAUACUAUUAAUCUAUUUAAUAUUUUAAUCAA